AACUUUUUUCUUGUUUGUAAUGUUACGGAGGCACUAUAAGUCGCUGAAGAAACUACUUUCUAAUGUGAGACAUAAACGCUACACAAUUUCUCCAGCCCGAAAAUGUCCCAGGGAUGUACGGUUUCUGUGGAAGAGAUCCAGUCUUGGUGGGAAGUCCCCGCCAUAGCCCACUUCUGCUCGCUGUUCAGGACGGCGUUCAACCUUCCAGACUUUGAAAUAGAGGAGCUGGAGAAAGCCCUGUCAGAGCAGGACUUGGACUUCCUGGGGGAUCUCAUUGCCUGUCUGUUGCAGGGAUGCUACCAGCGCACUGACAUCACCCCCCAGGCAUUCAGCAGUUACCUGGACGACAUCAUCAGCUACCGGUGGGAACUGGAAGAGGGGAAGCCCAAUCCACUUCGAGAAGGGCCCUUUGAGAAUCUCCCACCUCGCACCCAGGUGGAACUGCUGCACAGACUUUGUGACUACCGCCUGGAUGCCGCCGACGUCUUUGACCUGCUUAAGGGCCUGGAUGCAGAUAGCCUGAGGGUUGAACCCCUGGGGCAAGAUGGAAAUGGGGCCCUCUACUGGUACUUCUACGGCACUCGUAUGUACAAAGAGGAGCCAGUCAAGAGGAGAGCAGAGAAGUUCAGUGAAACAAGCGAACUAACGUUACCAGAGAAAAAGAGAAGGGGAAGACCACCAAAGAAGAGAAAGUUAGAGGACCCUCAGCUAAGUGAGGUGGAAAGUGAGGUGUCAGAAGUGCCGACAGAAAAUGGACUGGAGGACCUUCCCCCAAGCACAGCAGGUCGUAAGCGAGGCGCCUGGUCCCUCGUGUGUGAUACGGAGGAGCAGUGGGUCAGCCUGGCAGAAAGCAUCAAGGACAAAACCUCUCCACAGGACCGCCACCUCUACCGCGUCAUCAGCCAGAACUUCCUUCCUGAGAUCAGCAGCAUGAUUGAGCACAAGGAACGGGAGCAGAAGCAAAAGUUAUUAGAGCCAACCUCAGUUCGCACAUCACAACGGUUUUCUGAAAAUCACAUUAAACACGAGGAAGAGGACAAUCCCAAGGCCGUAACGGAGGAGGACAAGAAGAAGGAUGAAGAGCUGGACAGACAGGUCCUGCUGGCCGAGCAGCGGCGAGAAGAGGAAAGGCUUCUGCAGGAAGAACGGCAGAGAGAGAAGAUGGAGAAGAUCAAAGCUGUGGAGGAGAGAGCAAAGAGGCGAAAGAUGCGAGAGGAAAAGGCCUGGUUGCUGUCUCAAGGAAAAGACCUGCCGCCUGAACUCCUCAACCUAGAGCCCUCUUCUCCUGUCCACAGAACACGCAAGAAUAAAGAAUUCUAUGAGAUUGACGACGACUACACUGCUCUGUAUAAAGUGCUUGAGGCCCUGAAAGCCCAUAAAGAUGCUUGGCCUUUCUUAGAGCCAGUCGAUGAGUCCUAUGCCCCCAAUUACCACGAGAUCAUUCAGACUCCCAUGGACCUGUCCACCAUUGAGAAGAAACUCAAUGAUGGAGAGUACGUUACAAAGGAGGAGUUUUGUUCUGACGUGAAGCUCAUGUUUGAAAAUUGCAUGGAAUACAACGGAGAAGACAGUGAGUACACUAUCAUGGCGGAGUCUCUAGAACGGUGUUUCAGCCGGGCAAUAUUAAAACACUUCCCAUCAGAGGACGGCGACACAGACGAGGAGUUCCACAUCAGUCGAGAGGACAAGGAGCGCAAGGACAAAAAGCGCAACCGUGGCAGCAAACAUCUGGGACCUGAAAGUUUGAUCAGAGCCACUGAACAAGUCCAACGUAAGCGAAACUUCCUGGGCGGCAAAGGCAGCGCACCCUCAGAGGAAGAGGACAGCAAGCUGAUAAGACCGCCACCUCCCCCUCACUGGGCCAAGGGCUCCCCUCACCCCCACAGCCUGCAUCCAGCCCAGCAGCACCUCCAUGAGCGAGACGUCAGGGGAUUGUACCACCCAGGGCAACAGCUCCGUCAUCCAGCUGGUCCCCCGGGCCCUCAUGGUCCACAUAUGUAUGCCCAAAGAAUGGCCAUGGAUCCCCGCUUUGCCUACCCAGUCCACAUUCCCAGACAUGGAGACCCCAACUUCAACCGCUUGCCUCACAACUUUAACAUGCAGCAUCGUAUGGUUGAGGGACAUCACAUGGGCCCCAGGUAUCCAAUGGGCCCAGAUCCGAACCAGCAGCAACCUCCGCAGCAGCACCCUUAUGCGGGUCCAACUCAUGGCCCGUCUUUGGGCCCACGCCCAAUGGCCCUCCAGCCUGGACCUCCUCCUGAAGCCAGUAUGUACCCAUCCCACCAUCGUCCAGAGGGCCACACCAUGCAUCCUAUGGGCAACAGAUUCUCAGGACCGGAAGGACCACCCCAGCAUAAUUUCCCAGGCAUGAGGCCCCCUGGUAUGGGGGGCCUGUCCAACAUGUGGACUGGUAUGAAUCACCAGGGUCAGGAGAGGCACAAUGGCAUGCGCAUGCAGGAUCCCAACAUGGUGAACCAACGCAACUUUGGUUACGGUGGAAUCCCCCCUCCAGUGGGGCAUAAACCAUGGCCAGAAGCUGCCGGAUACCCCCACCAUCCUUCCAAUGCCCAGUAUCAAAUGUCCGCAGCAGCCAGCUCCCAGGGGCCAAUGGCCUCACGUCCCCCCGUACCCCACCUAGACUCCUCGGGCAGGACACGCUUGGCUUCCAUGCUGGAAAGCCCAGAGAUGCUGGCCCUGCAGCAGCUGUCAGCCUCUUCUGGACCCCCUGCUGGUCAGCACAUAGGCAACUUUAGGCAGCCUGGGCCCCCAUCAGGAAUUGGCAGCAUCCCAGCUCACCCCUCUCAACAGCCUCCCCCUGCCCCUGAGGUUCAGCUGCUGCGUCCUGCCAGAGACAAAGGCCCAGACAGCCAGCCUUCGCAACAGACAGACUUGCACCCCAAAGGUGCAGCAUCAGAGAGCAAAAUGGCUGCCAACAACAUUUCUGAUGAAGCAUCCUCACACAAAAACAUUUUUUCAGUUAACCAAGAGCAUCCGUCCGUCCCAAGCCCCACAGGACAUUACAGUGGGCCAGCAGAUAGAAUGCAAAGUCCCCCGAACUCGGGAAGGGCGCAGGAGAAUCCUUCUGGACCAACACUCACUCAGAGUUCAACAGAGAGCCACAAGCAGGAAGUAGAUGGCCAGCGACAAUCUGUCAGCCACUGUCCCACUCAGCAUAAUAGUGCUGCAGCUGUUUCAUCCCAUCUCAAUACAAGUAACACCCCCUCCGCUGAUCCUGCUCCACCCAGCACCCCUCAGCAUACACCAAACAGUCCACAGCAGAACGCUCCGAGCCCUGUGCUUCCUCCCCAGAAUGCACCGCCUUUGCAUGCUGCAGCAUCUCAGAAUGCUCAAAGUGAACACCAGCAGAACAUCCAGAAGCAUGAGCAACCUCAGGCAAGCGGUACCCCUCCUCAAAGCCUCCGUCAGUACUCUCCCCAGCCAGUGACCCACAACACACAGCAACCCACUUCUCUGCUACCUUCUAAUCAUGCCCCUCAAAGCAUCUCGCCACAAUGCCCCACACAGAACAGCCCCAUGCAUGGAACGCCACAGAGUGCCACUCAAGGAGCUCAGUCUGUACCCCCACAGCCAGCCCCUCUGACCUCUUUGCCACCCAGUCAUCCUACCCCACUGUUACCCUCCCAGCCGAGCCCAGCAGACCAUGGAGAUCAAAGACCUAGUGAGCCCACUACUAGGACGGACACAGAAGGCACUGCCAUUUCUCCACAGCACACUGUGAUGACAUCUGGACAGCCAAAUGUUAUCUAUAAACACCAGGCUUUUAGCCCCAAUCACCAUCAAACCCAGCUCGUGGGUAAUAAUCUGGGCAUACAGUCUCAAAGAGGGCCACCACAUGUUCACAAUCCAGCCAUGCCCCCUCAAGGCCAGGUCAAUGGAGCUAUGGGUCCAUUUGGCAUGGGGAACCCUCCACAUCCACACUACAACCAGACAAACAUGAGCAGGCCCAUGCCUCCAUCUGCUCACCACCCAUAUCACAACCAGGGCAUGAACGCCCUCCACAAUCCUGCUCCCCAUCCGAACUACCACCAGCAGGGAGGGGCUGCCUUCUCCUACCACAUGCCAGGCCAACAGCACACUCAAGCUCAUGGUAAUAUGUACCCACCCCAUCAGUACCAGCAGCAGACCUACUAUCCCCAGCCCCAUCCCCAAACACAGGUCCAUAACCAGGCCAACAGCAGAGGAGCUUACCCCCCAGAGGAGUGGCAUCGGUCUCAGUAUCAGCCUCACCAGCCAAUGCCACCCAAUGCUUACCUACCGAUGACCAGCGCCAGAGCCAACGGUCAGUCAAAGGAGAGCAGUGUGUCACCACUGGGCUCUGAAGGCUCCAGUGGGACUGGUUUGGUGUCUCCUGGACCUGGGCUUGAUGUAGGGCCACACCCCGGAGGCACAGAAGAAGGGAAGUGUGAAAGCAGGGAGCAGGCAGGUGGAGGCAGCCCAGCCAAACAGGCCCACGGUGAGGGCGCAGAGCGACCUGAGAGCCCUAAAGAAAUCCUCGACCUCGACAGUCAUAACGCUGCUGCCCGCCGUAGGAGCACCCAGCCGCCUCAGCCACAACACCUACCUGGCUCUGCUGCACACAUGGCGCCAGGCUUCAUGUAUGACCCUCGAGUGUUGCACCCAGGGAUGCAAGGCGGCGUCCCUCCACCACAUAUGAUGUCUCAGGGCCGUGCAGUUGGAAACGGACCCCCAUACCAUGGCCAGGCAUACCCAGACCCAGGACGCUAUGCCGCCCAAAGACCUCACCCACACCUGAUGGAAGCUCUGCAGCGGCCCCAGCAGCUGCCUUACUCUCCGGGCCAGACGCGCAUGGCCAUGUACAGACACCCCCGGCCUGGAGGACACUUUCAAGGCAUGAUGAUUCAGCAGAGAGGCCUUGCACCAGAACGCUUCUUACACCCAGGGCAACAGAUGAUGGCUGCUCCAGGCGGCCCUGGAAGUAAACAGGGAUUGUGACACACCACAUGAUCAAAACAUCAUCUAUGAACACCUAGACAAAGCAGUGAGCCAAACACGUACUGCCAGGAUAACUAAACAGGGACACUUUGCUCCACAUUCAUCUCUCACUGAUAUUCUUACGCUGCACUAAACCUUUGCUCACCAACGGACUUGAAGAUCCAACGAGGCAGCUGGUUUUACCAAGAUGAUUAUAAUGUGAAAUGUUAUUGAGCCCCGGAGAACAAUUCUCCUGUCGCUAUCCCUCCGCCACACGGAGCUCAUCGUGGCCAUUUGAAGAACAGCUCAGUGUGAUUCACUGACUUGCUCAAGGACACUUUAGUUGAGCAUUUGUACUUUCAUCCCACAGCAGGAGGGAGCCCUUUUUAACCACUAAGUCAACCUGCCAAACACAGGAGACGUUGCCUUCAAGAACACUGGACAGCCCUCUGCUACGUGAACAAUCGAAAUAUGAAUGGAUUAUUGGCCGCUGACCACAGCCUGCUGAGGCCACGAUGGAGAUACUGACAGGACUGUGAUAAAGAAGAGAGGGACUGUUUUUGUUUUGUUUGUUUUUACUAUUUUCUAUUCCAACCAUAUCUUUAAACUCAGGUGUAGAAAAGGAGGUACUAUGAGACUGUCACCCUAACCCAGUCGACUCACAGGCCCCUUGCAGUUGCCUUGGUUCCCUUUGUGAAUGUAUGAGUGAAUGUGUAGACAAUAAAUGCAGCGCAACAGUUGCAUGUGAGAAGACAAACAACACUGAUCAUCUGUCUGAACCGUCCAGCCCAGUCACUGUUCAUUUCCAGUCCAACUCUAACGUUUCUCGUCCUCUGGAGUAAACACACAGUAUAUGCAUCUUUCAAAGCUGCCUUCAUUUGUAAGAAUGUCUUUGACUAGCAGAGAGGGAUUGGCAAGGAUGGUGCUGUUUGUAUCCGACUGUACCUGAUUCUCUGUUAUGCACUAUGGGUUUUGUUGGUCUAGACAUCCUGGAAUUGAGUGGCCUUGGAUAGUCUUAUUUUAGCCUGUUGACGCAUAUAUCUAUUAAAAAAGUAUAUAUAUUAAUUACAACCUUUCACCGCAGAGACUUACCUCAGACGAGGAUAAUCGACAAUUCUCAGACAGUGGCAUGUCCUACUAGCUGGUAUAUGCACAUGCACAGAAGAAACACGUACGUAAAGUCCUCCUGUUGUUUUUUUGAGGGUGACAUUUGUUGCAUUCGACCCACAAGUUUGUAGCUUUAGUUCUUCGUUCCUUCGUGGCCCUGCCAUUUGCAUGGUUGUUCCUUUGAGUGCUUCCUCCUUUCCAUGUCAAUACUAAAUGUGUCCUCAGGGUGUACAGUUUCUAUAUACGGGUAUUGUUCUGAACUGUUUGAAGAAGGAGCAGCAUAAAUGAAAUGGGACGGAAACUGUGGCAAAGUAGUCCACCUCAUACAGUAGCUAAGUCUUUAAGGGUCUGGAUUCAUUGUCCUUGUAAUAAUCGGAUCAGCACACCACCAGCAUGUUUUUGUUUUGUUUGUUUUUUGUUCAAAAAAAUUGAUUGGAUGUUAGUUGGAUCUAAUUUGUUCUUGUACAUUCCUGUUAAUUUGAUGUCAUACCAUUUGCCAUCCCAAUUAAUCGUCAUCUUUUAACAACUAGCUUAUGUUCUCACGACUGCUGUGGCCUACGGAGGUUUCGUCUUUUUGUCUGUGAGCCCCACUAGCGCAGUUUAGCAAUGGCAAAAAAAAAAAAAAAGAAUCUACCUCAUCUAGCCAGCCUGUGGCGUCUACAAAUUUCCACCACUUCUUCUCUUGCUCUGCCAGACUCCUAUGGGUCGACAUUUUACGACCAGCGGAUGAUUCGGGGCUUACAGAACCGAUGGCCUUACGAUGCUUUACCAUCUUGGAAAAACAAUCUUUUUGUUUCAGAUUUCUGUGUCUGAAUGUGGCGCACCUCAACAAGACACAUCGACUACUGGUGCUGAAAUGUACACUGGUUUUUCCUGGGAUCGUACUUUCGUUCUCAGUCUUUUGAAUAUCUUUGAAGUAUGUUGCGUUGUAUUUCUGACACAGGACUCUUUAAGUUGGUGUCUCAAGUUGUACGGAUUGCAUACCAUCCUGCCUGGAGCUUGUUGAAAGACAAGUGGGCAGUAGUCAAGUCUAGGAUCUGUGCUGCGUUCAGUUCGGCAGCAUUACACUGUCCUUAGUUAUAGGUACUCAAGGCAUUGUGAUGACAUAUUUGAGAAAGGAAGCUGGAAUAAAGUAGAAGUUGUGAGACAGUUUUGUCACACAAGACUUGUUAUGGAUGACAUGCUAUUUUGUUAAAAUAGGGAAUUAUCUCAAUAUUUAGUGAGCCUCAUUGGGCCGCUACGGAGGUAGUGUGUUCAUUUGUGCUGUCUCAUGUAUGAAGGACAGUGCUGUUUUUAAAGGUCCGUGAGGUUGUGAUGCUGUCUUAUGGUGUACAGGUGUGUAUGUAUACGUUUGCUUGUGUGUGUAUGUGUACGCAUGUGUGUUUCUGGUGUGUAGAGUCGGCGCCAGACGUUUGGAAGUGUGCAGUCAACUCUCACUUUUACUCUGCUGUCACCUCUGCACUAGUGAAAACCAUUUAGGCGUGAUUAAAUGUGAAUCAUAUUUAUUUGCUCUUCUAAGAAUUUUUGUACAUUUUUGGACUUGUUUUAAUAUAAAUGUGGUGUUUGUUUCUUUUCCUCUUGAUGUUGUUUUUUGAUGUUUAAGCAGUUGUCUUUUACCUCAGUAGCAUGGUGGCAUUGGGAAAAAAAAAAAAAAAAGACCUGUCCCUUUCAUUUUUAAGUGACGUUUACAAGUUCUUAUCUGACUGACUGACAUAGAUUAUUUUGGAAAUGGAAUGGAAUAUUUUCUAUACUGUACAUUUCUUAGAAAUAAAUAACUUUUCUCAAACAAGA